GUGUGGAAAAGCAGUACACGUGUCAAGGGAGUGGCAAAUCUCUCUCUCUUCUGUUCCACCACUUCUCCUUGCUUGUUGUGAAGAGACGUAUUAACAAAAAAGCAAAGAAGCAAAGAAAGAUAAGUGAUAGAGAGAAGAAACAAAAAAAAAAUGGACAAGAGUGGAGGAAGAAAGGUGAUGGAUGAGAUAAGGAGCUUUGAGAAGGCAAGUUUGUUCGAUCUUGGCCAUCCUCUUCUCAACCGCAUCGCUGACUCUUUCGUCAAAGCCGCCGGUGUCGGAGCUUUACAAGCUGUGUCUAGGGAAGCUUACUUUACGGUGGUUGAUGGGGCAGGGUUUGACGCGAGCAACAUGGGUCCACCUUCUGAGAAUGCCGGCAGCAAGAAACAUAGGUUUCCUAAUCUCAGAGGGGAAAGAAGCAAAUCGUUGGAUGCAUUUGUGAAGAACACAGGAAAAGAAUCGCUCCAGUGGGGGCUUGCAGCUGGAUUAUACUCGGGUAUAACGUAUAGUAUGAAGGAGACUCGUGGAGGAGCUCAUGACUGGAGGAAUAGCGCCGUGGCUGGAGCAUUAACAGGAGCGGCGAUGGCUAUGACGACCGCAGAGAGGACAAGCCAUGAGCAAGUGGUUCAGUCUGCUCUUACAGGAGCAGCCAUUUCCACUGCUGCUAAUCUCCUUUCUAGCGUUUUCUAGAUGCACCCAUUAAAAGUCUUGUUAUUUGCGUUAAGUUUUAGCAUAAACAUGCGUCUUUUU